AAAGCCUGCUCUUAAUUUUCUUCAUUUCUGAUCAUUUCCAGGUAGGACUAGAGUAGAGUAGUACCCAGGUUAUAUUUUUGUGGAGAUCCCUCCCUCGUUGCCGCCCAUUGGCACCACAACUCUCUCUCUGAAGUGUAGGCUACCCUCCACAACAGUAACUAGAGCGCGUCAUGCGUCUGCUCAGCACUUUACACCGACUGACAGAAGACUAAUCCAAGCAUCAGCGAGCGACGUGACACGGACCUCAAUAUGCAAUAUUGGGACCAAAAAAUAUUCAAGAAAUUGUGAUUAUCUGGAGCUACUGUAGAUAAAACCUGGAGUGAAUAAGAUUUCUAUUGAAGAAGCUAACCAAGGGUUGCCGUUUUGAAAACAGUGAUAUUUUCAUUCGUGGAGAUGGAAUUAGUCUGAGUUUUUGAGUGCAGUAUUUGUAAGCAGACGGAGAGCGGAGAAGAGUGAUUUCAAGCAACAUUAGAGCUGGAAUGUCCUGAGUCAGUCCCCCGGUCCAGAGAAGAACUCCCAGCAUCAGCCAGUGCUGAUGGGACCUGCUUCUCCACGAUGAGUCUUCAAGAUGGCGGCUGCGGCUAUGCUAGCGCCAAUUUGCCGGCUAACGCGGCCAGCGGCAGCAUGCGGCGGCGCCUGGAGGACCAGGAGUUCACCCUGCGCGUCUACCCGGGCGCCCUGGCCGAGGGCACCAUCUACUGCCCCGUGGGCGCCCGCAAGAGCACCACUGCUGCCGAGGCCAUCGAGCGCCUACUGGAGCGUCUGAGCCUGGACCGUACCAAAUGCUACGUGCUAGCCGAGGUGAAGGAGUUCGGCGGGGAGGAGUGGAUCCUCAACCCCAGUGACUGCCCCGUCCAGCGGAUGAUGCUGUGGCCCCGCAACGCCCUGGAGAACCGCUGUGGCCUGGGCAGUGGCGAGGACUACCGCUUCCUGCUCCGAGAGAAGAACCUGGACGGCUCCAUCCAUUAUGGAGGGAGUCUCCAGAUGUGGCUGCGCGUGACCGAGGAGCGCCGCCACAUGGUGGAACGGGGUUUUCUGCCCCAGCCCGCAGGGGGUGAGCACCCGGCUGACCUGUGCGCUCUCCCUGAGCUGACGGAGCGCGCCCUGCUGGAGAGCCUCCGCUCACGCUUCCGUCAGGAGAAGAUCUACACCUACGUCGGCUCCAUCCUCAUCGUCAUUAACCCCUUCCAGUUCCUACCCAUCUAUAACCCCAAGUACGUCAAGAUGUACGACAACCACGCUCUGGGAGACCUGGAGCCCCACAUCUACGCCGUGGCGGACGUGGCCUACCACGCCAUGCUGCAGCGGCGGAGGAACCAGUGCAUCGUCAUCUCUGGCGAGAGCGGCUCGGGAAAGACCCAGAGCACCAACUUCCUGAUUCAUCACCUGACCGCCCUGAGCCAGAAGGGAUUCGCCAGUGGGGUGGAGCAGAUCAUCCUGGGGGCGGGGCCUGUGUUAGAGGCAUUCGGGAACGCCAAGACGGCUCACAACGACAACUCCAGCCGUUUUGGGAAGUUUAUCCAGGUCAACUACCAGGAGAGUGGCACCGUCCGAGGAGCGUAUGUGGAGAAGUACCUACUGGAGAAGUCACGCCUGGUCUACCAGGAGCACAAUGAAAGGAACUACCAUGUGUUCUACUACCUUUUGGCUGGAGCCACUGAGGAAGAGAGGAAGGCCUUCCACCUGCUCAAACCAGAGGAGUACCACUACCUCAACCAGAUUACAAAGAAAUCCCACAGACUCCACUGGGAAAUUGACAAUGAGAGCGAGCUGCAGGACUGCUUAACAGUGGAAGGGGAGGACCUGAAGCACGACUUUGAGAGACUGCAGCUGGCCAUGGACAUGGUGGGGUUCCUGCCUGCCACACGCAAACAGAUCUUCUCUCUGCUGUCUGCUAUCCUCUACCUGGGCAACAUCCUCUACAAGAAGAAGACCUACAGAGACGACUCCAUAGACAUCUGUAACCCAGAUGUGCUGCCUACCAUCUCAGAGCUGCUCCAGGUGAAGGAGGAGAUGCUGUUCGAGGCUCUGACCACCAGGAAGACGGUGACGGUGGGAGAGAGGCUGAUCGUUCCGUACAAACUGGCCGAGGCUGGUACCGUUCGGGACUCCAUGGCCAAAUCCCUGUACAGCGCCCUGUUUGACUGGAUCGUGUUCAGGACCAACCAUGCUCUGCUCAACAACAAGGACCUGGAGCACAGUGCCAAGAUUCUUUCAAUUGGAGUGCUGGACAUCUUUGGUUUUGAAGACUACGAGAACAACAGCUUUGAGCAGUUCUGUAUCAACUUGGCCAACGAGAGGCUCCAUCACUACUUCAACCAGCACCUCUUCAAGCUAGAACAGGAGGAGUACAGGGCCGAGAGCAUCAGCUGGCACCACAUCGACUACAUCGACAACACCGGCUGCAUCAACCUUAUCAGCAAGAAGCCCACCGCGCUGCUCCACCUGCUGGACGAAGAGUGCAAUUUCCCCCAGGCCUCUAACCAGACCCUGCUGGACAAGUUCAAACGGCAGCAUGAGGGGAACAGCUACAUCGAGUUCCCCGCUGUAAUGGAGCCCGCCUUCAUUAUCUGCCACUACGCCGGCAAAGUCAAGUACGGCAUCAAGGACUUCAGGGAGAAGAACACUGAUCACAUGCGUCCGGACAUCGUGGCCCUGUUGAAGAGCAGUAAGAACGCCUUCAUCUGUGGCCUGAUGGGCAUCGACCCGGUGGCCACCUUCCGCUGGGCCGUCCUCAGAACCUACUUCAGAGCCAUGGUAGCCUUCAGGGAGGCUGGGAAGAGACACGCCGACAAGAAGACUGUGAAUGAUGCUGCUGUACCGUGUGUUGUCAAGAGCGUGGACAGCUUCAGCUUCCUCCAUCACCCUGUGCACCAGAGGAGCCUAGAGAUCCUGCAGAGAUGCAAAGAUGAGAAAUACAAUAUCACUCGAAAGAAUCCCCGGACCCCCUUGUCAGACCUCCAGGGCAGCAACACACUGAAGGAAAAGCCCACCAGGGAUGGUUAUGGUGUGGGCUGUAACGGGCGUCGCUCCAGACAGGGUGGUCUGUCCUCCUCUGGCUCAGAGUUUGAUGACGGCAUCUUCUUCAACUCUACUAGCAGCAAGCUGCUGGAGAGGGCACAGAGCAUCCUCAUGCGGAACAAAAACUACAAGUCCAAGCCCAGCUUACCGAAGCACCUGUUGGACGUGAAGUCUCUGAGGUACCUGAGCAGCGUGACCCUCCACGACCGCAUCACUAAGUCCCUCCUCCUCCUGCACAAGAAGAAGAAAACCCCCAGCAUCAGCGCCCAGUUCCAAGCCUCUCUCAACAAGCUGAUGGAGACCCUGGGUCAGUCAGAGCCCUACUUUGUCAAGUGUGUCCGCUCCAAUGCAGAGAAGCUCCCCCUGCGUUUCAACGAUGCCCUUGUGCUCAGGCAGCUGAGGUACACAGGCAUGCUGGAGACCGUCCGCAUCCGCCAAUCAGGAUACGCCAUCAAAUACACCUUCCAAGACUUUGUGCGUCACUUUCGUGUGCUCUUACCAGACAUUACUAGACCAACCAAGUCUGGCAUCAGAGAGUUCUUCCGUCAAGUUCAUCUAGCACCCGCUGGGUAUCAAGUGGGCAACACAAUGGUGUUCCUGCGGGAUGCGGAGCGUCAGCGGCUGCAGGCCCUGCUCCACAAGGAGGUGUUAGGGCGCAUCGUCACGCUGCAGCGCCGCUUCCGAGCCCGGCUGGAAAGGAAACACUUCAUCAACAUGAGACAGGCCGCUGAUGUCAUCCAGCGGUGGUGGAGGGGCUGCCUGCUCAGACAGUCGGAGGCUGCAGUGGACCCAGCCGUCCAGGAGGAGGAAGCAGUGGACCCAGCCGUCCAGGAUGAGGCAGCAGUGGACCCAGCCGUCCAGGAGGAGGAAGCAGUGGGCCCAACCGUCCAGGAGGAGGCAGCAGUGGACCCAGCCGUCCAGGAGGAGGCAGCAGUGGACCCAGCCGUCCAGGAGGAGGCAGCAGUGGACCCAGCCGUCCAGGAGGAGGCAGCAGUGGACCCAGCCGUCCAGGAGGAGGCAGCAGUGGACCCAGCCGUCCAGGAGGAGGCAGCAGUGGACCCAGCCGUCCAGGAGGAGGCAGCAGUGGACCCAGCCGUCCAGGAGCAGGCAGCAGUGGACCCAGCCGUCCAGGAGCAGGCUGCAGUGGACCCAGCCGUCCAGGAGGAGGCAGCAGUCGACCCAGCCGUCCAAGAGGAGGCAGCAGUGGACCCAGCCGUCCAGGAGGAGGCAGCAGUGGACCCAGCCGUCCAGGAGGAGGCAGCAGUGGACCCAGCCGUCCAGGAGGAGGCAGCAGUGGACCCAGCCGUCCAGGAGGAGGCAGCAGUGGACCCAGCCGUCCAGGAGGAGGCAGCAGUGGACCCAGCCGUCCAGGAGGAGGCAGCAGUGGACCCAGCCGUCCAGGAGGAGGCAGCAGUGGACCCAGCCGUCCAGGAGGAGGCAGCAGUGUGCCUGCAGGCAUCGUGGAGGGGCUACAGGCAGUGCAGGCAGUUCCUGCAGUGGCGGGACUCUGCCCUGAUAAUACAGAGGCGCUGGAGAAACUGCAGCCAGCACAGGGCUCUGGCGGCCAUUACGGUGCAGACAGCCUGGCGCGUCUACAGAGAGAGAGCCCACUACCAUAGGACACGUGGUGCAGUUAUGCUGCUACAGGCAGCAUGCAGGGGCUACAUGGCACGCCUGAGAUUCACAGAACUAAAAGAGCAGAGUCAGCAGGAAAAGCAGUUGCUCAAUGGACAAAGUAGCCCCACCACAGAAGAAGAGAAGGCAGAUAGGACCAUGGGCCUGGAUACGGACAUCUCGGAGGACCAUGUCGUAGAGAUCACCCACGACCAUGGCAUCCAAGAUGUCUCCACGGUCUGGCCUACUGAAGACUCUAAGGAGUCUAGGUGGAAGUGUUUGGUGGAAGAGGAUAGAGAGAGCGAGAGAAGACCGUGUAUAGAGGAGUCCAGCAGACAGAGUAUAGAGCCCAGCAGCCACAAGACACGGGCCAAGAGACAGAAUCGGCGUAUGAGGGAGCUGGAGCAGACCCAGUUCAGCCUGGAGCUACUCAAGGUGCGGACCCACAGAACGGGAGGGACUCUGCCAGAAGAGGAGACCCAUGUACCCCCGUGUCCGGACAGCAUUUCCUGUCCCCUGGACGACCACCAACACCACCGGCCCUCCUCCCCACACCUUGGCUCCCCUGAUAGCCACGGGAGCAUUGAGCUGCUCGACACCUCCAUAGACAUCAAGGUGGAGGCGGGAGGGCCUGGUAACCCCGGUUGCCAUGUUAACCAGUCAGCGCCGCUCCGGACUUCUUCCCAAGAGGGAUCGGUCAGACCAGGGUCUCCCAUUCACACCCCUACAGAGUCCCAGUCCCCGGAGCACCCGGAGGUGGUAAAACAGAAUGAUCUGAGCCCCAGGGCGGAGGAGCUACUGCCCCCUAUCAAGGAGGUGGUGACGGGUGCUACGCGAGCCACCUUCUACAUCCCCCCUGAGGACCAAAGCAGUGAGCCCAAGCCUAAGCAACAGAGCCCCAACAAGCGUGUGAAGGAGAGGAGAGAGUCCACCUCUCAACGGCCCGUGGUGGUUGUCAUCAGUAUGCAGAAGGAGACCCUGCUGGACGAAGGGGAACUGCGGGCGGCAAUAGCCCAGGAGAGUGCACUCCAGAUGGGUGUAACCGCCGCAACAUUCUCCCCUACACCCAUCGCUGGCCUGGAAGUAUCAGAGAAGGCCCAGCCGUCCAGGACUGUUACCAAACCUCCGAGAGACUUAGCUGGGGUCGACAUGUCUAGCUUGGCGCCCUCCUCCAACUCCAGCCAUGGCCUUUGUCCUUCCGAGGUAGAUAUCCAGAUAGUUCUGGAGCCCAAGGCCCCCGCUGGCGAAGUCCCUCCCAGCCAGCAGGGGAGGAAGGCGGGCAGGCCAGCGCAGGACAGCUGGGUCUCCACCAACAGUAUCCUGGAGAGCAGGGAAGCAGCCUUGGCAUCACAGAAGAAGACUCUGACCAAGACCGUCAUUGUCAAUAUGACUGAGAAGACCCCCACCAACAUCACGUUCUCCCCCCGACACAAGCUCCCCUUCUCCAAGUCUGAUAAGGACCUGGUGAACCAGGAGUGGUCGUUGGCCUCUGUCUCUAGAGCCACCGCUGGACAGACCGCCAGAGAGGUGUGCCGGCCCGACCCCAAAAAGAAAGCCCGUAUGUCUCGAACCCGCUCCGACUUCCUGACCCGCUGUAACUCUGAGGGGGCGGGUCAGUCGGACGAUGACGAGACAUUCUACACCCCCGUCCUGUCCUGUACGCUGCCCCUCCUCUCCCGAUCCUCCGAGGGGGUUGCCCAGCCUGUUUGUCACACUGUCUCCGAAAUGGCUACUCACAAGGAAGUGCAGAAGGACAUCCAUAAGACCAUGUCUUCAAGGGACCUGGGAAAGGUAGCAACGCUCAGGAAGACAUCCAGUCAGGAUGGAAGCAGAGUACGAGGGAAGAUACGGUUCUGGGGCAAGGCCAAGCACGCAGAGAAGAAGCUGUCUAGAGACAAGCAGCAGUCCACACAGAGAGACAGCACUGACAAGAUAGACGGAACAACGUCUCCCCCCAACAGUCCCAACCUGAUGGGGACCAGGGGACGGGAGACCAAGGAGAACAAGGAGCCCUCUCCCAAAGUGAGGCGGAGGCGCAGCGUCAAGAUCAGCAGCGUGGUCCUAGAGCCUGCCCAGUGGGGGAACGACGCGCUGCACAUCCUCACCAGCACCAACGACUACAGGAGCAUGAACGACUUCCUCAUGAAGAAGAUCAGUGAUCUGGACUCUGAGGACUGUCAGAAGGACACCUUGGUGGACGUGGUCUUCAAGAAAGCUCUGAAGGAGUUCCGCCUCAACAUCUUCAACUCCUACUCCACCGCCCUGGCUAUGGAUGACGGUAAGAGUAUCCGUUAUAAGGACCUGUAUGCCCUGUUUGAACACAUCCUGGAGAAGAGCAUGCGGUUGGAACAGAGGGACUGGAGUGAGUCGCCCGUCAAGGUCUGGGUCAACACCUUCAAGGUCUUCCUGGAUGAGUUCAUGACCGAGUACAAGCCCAUGGACGGCACCAUCAUCAAGGCCUCCAAACCAGAACGUAAGAAGAGGAGGAAAAAGGAACCUGACAUUGUUGAGGAGCACAACGGCCACAUCUUCAAGUCCACCCAGUACAGCAUCCCCACCUACUGCGAGUACUGCUCCUCUCUCAUCUGGAUGAUGGACCGGGCCUGCGUCUGCAAACUGUGUCGGUACGCCUGCCAUAGAAAGUGCUGCUCCAGGAUGACCACCAAAUGUAGCAAAAAGUACGACCUGGAGCUGUCGUCCAGGCAGUUUGGCGUGGAGGUGUCUCGUCUGACCAGCGAGGAGAGGACAGUGCCCCUGGUGGUGGAGAAGCUCAUCAACUACAUCGAGAUGCACGGCCUCUACACAGAGGGCAUCUACAGGAAGUCUGGCUCCACCAAUAAGAUCAAAGAGCUGCGGCAGGGGCUGGACACAGAUGUGAGCAGCAUGAACCUGGACGACUACAACAUCCACGUCAUCGCCGGCGUGCUCAAACAAUGGCUCCGUGACCUGCCCAACCCUCUGAUGACCUUUGAACUGUACGAGGAGUUCCUCCGGGCAAUGGGCCAGCCAGACAAGAAGGAGGUGAUCCGAGGGGUGUACUCUGUGAUCGACCUGCUCAGCAGAACCCACCUGAGUACCCUGGAGCGCCUCAUCUUCCACCUGGUCAGGAUCACCCUUCAGGAAGACACCAACCGUAUGUCGGCCAAUGCCCUAGCCAUCGUGUUCGCCCCCUGCAUCCUCCGCUGCCCCGACACCAUCGACCCCCUGCAGAGUGUCCAGGACAUCGGCAAGACCACCGCGUGUGUGGAGCUGAUCAUCGGAGAACAGAUGAAUAAGUACAGGGCCAGACUGAAGGACAUCAACAGUCUGGAAUUUGCUGAGAACAAGGCCAAGAGCAGACUGACACACAUCAGGAAGUCCAUGAAACCUGUACUAAUCGCUGUUAAGUUUAUUGGCAUAACCCGCACGACCACUCCGGGCAAAGGUCGUCUGCGGAGGGGUAGCAGCCACCACACGCCCUCCCCGCCCCUCAGCCCCAGAGUGCUCCCGGUGGUGGACGGGGAGAGUGGAGAGGAGGAGAGAGCAGAGCUGACAGAACAGCAGCAGGCCACCAUGCAGCAGGAAGAGAGGGUCCUCACGGAGCAGAUUGAGAGCCUGCAGAGAGAGAAGGAGGAGUUAACGUAUGAGAUGUUGAUCUUGGAGCCGCGGGCGUCUGAUGAUGAGACUCUGGAGUCGGAAGCCUCGAUAGGAACAGCAGACAGCUCUGAGAAACUCAACAUGGACCCUGAAGGAGCCGCCUCCAACCCCUCUGGCACCUAUCACUCCCGGAAGUCUGAAGCCAAGAGCCGCCGCUGCCUCCGGAGACAACCCAACUCGGUCGACUCCACCGCCUCCUCCUCGCUCUCCUCCUCCUCCAUUAUACCUCAAUCCCCCAACUACCGCUUCCGCUCCUCCUCCUCCGGCCCCCUACUCUCCUCCUGCUCCUUGGGCCUAGGAGCCCCCUUAGUAGAGUCCGAGAGGGACCCGAGUGGCACUGUGGGGGUGAAGAGUUGCCACCGGCUCAGGCUGAGUAGAAGCUCGCCGCUCGAGGCCCCUGAGGGCCACAGGAGGGAGUCAGACUUCAGCUCACUGCCCCAACAGCUGGUUCUGUAUGGCAGUAACGAGUUUAUGGUAUGAGGGAGAGUUGCGGUGGAGACAAGACAUCCGAACCGCCUUCCAUACCAAUAGUGUGUAUGGGGGGAAGGAGGGAGGGAGGGAAACAGGGCUCGAAUGGGUCAUGUGGGCAUCCAUCUCUCACUGCUGUCCUUCCCUAGCUCUGCCCAUCUCUAUCCUCCUUCUCUGUGCCAGGAGGAACGCCACCCUUCCCAUGAUGCAGUUGGGCGCCGUCCUCUCGGCGGGAGAAGUGAAAGGUGAUGGAGAAACAAAAAGAGAGAUGGAAUGAUGAAUGGAUGAAAGAAGUACUGAGAUGGAGGACUGGCAGGAGGCUGUAAAGAAAUAAAACAGUGACUAAACGCCAGAUAGCAAGUGAGUGAGGAAAGUAUGAGGGUGGCCGCCUUGACUCACCUGACCUUUGACCUCCAAGCCCCUUGACCCCUGCUGGAGCCUCGGGGGGCACUGGGGGGCUGGAGAUAAGAAAAGAGAGAAGCAAGUAGACAGCGCCUUCUUUUGAACGCAGGUCUAUGGUGGCUUGAGCCAGAGUCACUGACUGAGAGGACUAUCGGCCAUUUUGAUACGAGCCACUCGGCUACUCUCUGGCCAUUUUGAUACAAGCCACUCAGCUACUCUCUGGCCAUUUUGAUACAAGCCACUCAGCUACUCUCUGGCUAUUUUGAUACAAGCCACUCAGCUACUCUCUGGCUAUUUUGAUACAAGCCACUCAGCUACUCUCUGGCCAUUUUGAUACAAGCCAUUCAGCUACUUUCGCGUCCGUUUUCACGUUUACACAAUACAACCUGUCCAUGAGGCCGCAUGCUCCUUCAUUACACUUGUUUCCUAUGCCAAUUAAAGAGACUAUGGCGAUGAUGUGUUAUAAAUAUGUAUUAUGUGAUCUAAUUAUUAUGUUAUUAAAAAUAUAUAAAUGGAAGGAACUCCAGUGUUCAAUGUUUAUAAUAACCGUCUCUUAUCUGGAAUCUUUUGCAAAAGGAAGUGUAUGAGAUUCAGGUUAUGGUUUUGUUUGUUAUUUGUUUGUUUGUGUUUUGUUGAUUUUUAACACUGCAAAAUGUUUUAAAGCGGUUUCUGUUGCAUACCCUAAUGAACUCGACCCAAUGUUCAGUUAGUGCCACUUCUUCUCUUGUGAAAAAAUACAAUUCAACAGCAAGAGGCUGAUGUCAGUCCAUUCAGAACACGUAAGUUACAACCAUCACGCCACUGUUGCCGUUGUGGUUGAUACGGCGACUCUGGUUUUCAAUGUUUAUCAGAUAUAAUGUAUUGUAAUGCCUUUUCCAUCAUUGGUCUGUGUUCCCCCACAAUCCUACGUUGAUGUUACAUUGAUCCUACAUUUAUUCUGAAACAUUGGUGUUAAGAGUAACCAAAUCAAGGCUCGAUUUGUUUUUUUGGGGGGGUGUAAAACAAAUUGUGCAUUACUAUUGUUGUGUUAUAGUUACCGUUGACGCUAUUGUCAUCUUAGAAUAAAUCCUAUCUGUACCAAGAGGUGGUGUGUGUGCGUGUGCGUGUGUGUGUGUGUGUGUGUGUGUGUGUGUGUGUGUGUGUGUGUGUGUGUGUG